AUGGACCCUCGUGCGGCGAGGCCCGGGUCCAAAGAUACGGAGCCUGGACUGAAGGGACGCCUCGGCCUCAAACAUGGGACGGUCCCCCUCCGCCGUGGGGUCUGCGGCUCUGAUUGGAGCAGAAACAGCUGCUUCUCCAGCGGCUCCCAGGGCGGCCUCCCACGGCUGUGGUGCGGCUGUGGUGCUGCUGUGGUGCUGCUGUGGUGCGGCUGUGGUGCUGCUGUGGUGCGGCUGUGGUGCGGCUGUGGAGCACAGGCGCAGAGCGAGGACCCGGACCAGGCGGAACCGGGCGUCUGUGAUAGUGCCUCUCCGAACCACAGAGUCUAUCAAAGCCGUGUGUUUUAUGAGUCUGCUGCGACACUUUGA